UCUGGUGUUCAUAUGGGGGUCUUUGGGAUGAAAUAAAUAGUCUUUCUCUCAGAUGAGCUUUUCACCUUGCCUCCUUGCCCGGGCUCUCUUUUCGUCCUUGGGUCUGGACUUUGAUGCCAGUUUUCCUGGUUUCAGGGGUCUGAGGACUCCCUUAUCCUCUGGUGCCUUUGUCCUUGCAUCCUAUCUGGGCACUCCAGCUCUUGGCCUCACCUUGUAGCCUUGCUGUGCUUCUGUUCUCGUCAGCACUGUAAAUUACAGCAAACACACAGUUUUGUCAGCCUCUUCUAGUCAAAGCAUUUGUAGAUGCUUGAUUCUUAAAUUUCAAUUUCUCUGUCUCAGGGGUACCUGCAAUUUCACCUGAUUCCCACAGCCCCGCAGAAUCCAUGGAUUCUCUUGUUUUCCUCUGCGCCCGCCGCGUCGUCGCCCAGCGCCCUCUUCCUGCCCUUCCUGCCGCUCUCUAUCCCGUCCUUUUCCAAGCAGCAUUCCUGGAUGGAAGAGCCCUGGUCCUGCAGGAUUUGGUGGCCACUUGGCCUUUCCCGGAGCUCCACUUGCAGCGGCUCGUGGGGCACCCGGAACUGAUCCCAUAUCAUACCUCCUUGAAAUCUGUCGAGGCCGUCAUCCAGGGCGUGGUGGCGCAGCUCCGGCAGGAGCUGGAAGAGCCCGGCAGCUGUUCCAGCCUGCGCGUGCUGGACAUGACCGUAGUCCUAGAUUCCGAUUCCGAGUCCUGCCACGGUGUCAGCGGGAUGGAAACCUGGUGCACCGCCAAGGAUUUGGCAAAGGCUUGCGUGGAGGUGUCCAAGCACCAGCAGGAAUUCCAGAGGCGCAGAUCCAAGCACGACAAGCAUGUCAGCUCUGGAGCUGACAUGGGCACGGCAGCUCUGCAGUGUCCGGGCGUGGACAUCUACGCUGACCUGUCCAUUGGUAGAAGUUCCUACUGGAUCCUGCACGAGGCACUCCAGACCGGAGCCACCGGCCUGCUGCGCAUCAAGUGCCGCGAAUUCCAAGUAGAGAGCAUUUCGGGAUCUGAGAUUUUGACUUUGUUGGAAUCUCUGGAUCCAUCCUGUCUGCGGAGGGUGGGUCUGUACUGCAACUUUUUCGGAUUGAAUGGGCUCUCGGUGGUCCUGUCGUACCUCUCGCGCUUCCCGGAGCUGCGCAGCCUCAUGCUGCCCGACAACUGCGUGGACGUGCGGCACCUGACGCCGAAAACAGCAAUGACAAUCCGCUGCGUGGCCCAGCAGCUGGGAAUGCUGCCCAGCCUCCAGGAGCUCAACCUGGGAUUUUCUCGGCUCUCUGGGAAGCUGCACCAGAUCCUCAGUGACCUCCAUGCUCCCUUGGAAAGCUUGGAAUUGCCCUUCUGCGACCUCCUUCCCGCUGAUCUCGACUUCCUCUCCCAAAGCAUCCACGCUCCAGCCCUCAAAAGGUUGGAUCUGAGCAGUAACAACAUCACCCAAGGCCUCCUGGAGCCGCUCCAGCUGCUCUUGGAGGAAGCCUCGGCCUCGCUGCUGUACCUGAAUCUCAUGGAAUGCCACAUGGCCGACUCCCACCUGGAUGCGCUGCUCCCGACGCUCCUGUACUGCUCCCGCCUGCGCUUCCUGGGACUCUACGGCAAUCCCCUGUCCAUGGCCGCACUCAAGGAUCUGCUCCAGAAAACCUUGGAGCUGCCGGAUCUCCACGUGGUCAUGUAUCCCGCCCCCAAGGAUUGCUGCAAGAGAGCGCCGCCGGGAUCCUUUAGCGAUUCUGUCGUUGAUCAGGAGCUUUUGUCGGCAGCCACUGCGGAGAUUUCCCAGCUGCUGGAGAAUUCCUGGAGAGCCGACCUCGACUGGACUUGCGCUCCUGGAAGCUGCAGAGCCAUGGACUACUUCUUGUUGUGAUUUGGGAAGACCUCGGAUGCAGGAAAAGCUCAGAGCCAGCAUCACGGAAAAGGUCUGCCGCCUCCUUACUGAAAUCCAAGCAUUUUCCACCUCAUCAGAGGCGCUUUUCUGCCUCAUUCCAGUGUUUUUUUCCUUUCAUUUCAGUACUUUUCUGCCUGCUUGUGUUAGUUUUCUGCCUCAUCCUGUUUUUCCUCCCCAUCCCCAGAUUUUUCCCUGGUUUCGUACCUUUUCUCCUACAUUUUGAAGUUUUUCCUCCCUACCCCAACAGUUUUUUUCUUCAUCCUGAUAUUUUGCCCCUGAUCCCAGUAUUUUUCUGCCUCAUCUCAGUAUUUUUUCUCCCUUUUCAUUAUUUUUCGAGCCCGUCCCAGUGAUUUUUUAGCCCAUCCUGGUAUUUUUCUGCCUCAACCCAGUAUUUUUUCCAUCCCAUUUUUCCAUCCAAUCCCGCUGUUUUUUCCAUCAGGAUUGGCUUUGCACGGCCAAAUUCCAGGAGGCUCCAAGGCUGGAUUCCACAGGAAUCUGUCGGAAGAGUCUCCCGUGUUUGGUCGAUCCUGUUGUGAACAGCGGCAACACCUCUGGAAGAAGAAUGAAGUUUGAAGAAACCAAUCAUAGCACAGCUGCAAUUCCGGAGCCGGUAUUUGGGAAAGGAACGACUCCAGAGAUGAUUCCAAGGUGCUGGAGUGGAAAUUCCAAAAAUUCUGUACUGCAUGCAAAGGGAAGCUCAUCCUGGAGCUGCAUCUGGGGAGGGACCUGCAGAUCCAUGCAAAAAGGAGCAGCAUCCUGGCAGGAAUCCCACAGAGUGAAAAAUCCUUUGGAGCAGGAUCUUCCCAAAGUAUUGACCCCUAGGAAAAGUCCAUGCGGAAUUGUCUUCCAUGGGAACAACACACUGGAAAAAUCCAUGCAAAACUCUUGCCAUGGGAUGGAUUUGCAUUAGAAAAUGUCCUGCAAACUGACUUUGGGAUGGAUUCACAGAGAAAUCCAUGGAAAACUUCCCUGGGAUGUCUCCGGCUGCCAGCACUGCUGGAGGGAUUGACGGAAAGCCGGGAAAGAGUGAAUUGGGGGAGGGAAAAGUUGGAUUUGGGGUCUUGUUAUCCUGCUCUGAUCCCGUUGGAAAUAAACUCAUCCUA